AUGGCUUGCCUCGGGCUCAAGGCCUUCACGGCGCGACUGCAACGUCUCGUCGGCCUUAACAAGUCCAAGGCCGCGCCCUCGGAGAAGCGCUCGCUGCAAAUCUCAGCACCAUUCAACUUCAAGCACGAGACAGUGUGCCUGCCGGGCAUUUCCGAAGACGAGAUCGCCAUUCUCAAGGAAAAGGCAGCGGCUUCCCGUCUCGGCGUGGCGUCGGACAACGGCGCAUCGUCGAUCGGUACUCCUCCCCGGAGAGCGCCGGCCCCGCCGUCGCAGCUGCGACCGGCGCCCCCGAUUGUGCAGGUGACCCCGAGCACACCCAUCUCGCCUGCAGGAGACUACAUCUAG